AGUGCAUCCGUACACGGGUAACUAUCACAGAAGGUAGCGUAUACAAUUCACUGAGUUUAGCAAUUUGUCACUGUAGGUGAGAUAUUCAUAAAUACGGAAAAUCAUACGACUCCGAAACACUGUGCGUCCAAAUUUAAACACCGUCUUAGCAUUAAACAAGUUGGUGACGUAAAAUCGUGAUAAAAUAUAUGGGCAGAGACCCGUUCCUGAUGACCGCCUCUCGAUUCCGGGUAUGUGUUCAAUGAAUGGUACGGUGUAGUGACAUUCAUGUAGUCGUCCGUCGCACGCGUGUUCCUGAUUUCGCUACUUUCGAUGACUUGUGGGACGUAAAACGAUUUACUGGAACUUUUAAGUGAAACAUUCCUAAAAAAAAUUUGAAUUUGGAUUAUAAGUUAACUUAUAAAUUUGUAUACUUCUGGAUUAAAUACAUUCGACUGACUGGUAAUAAGGGUCGACACCAUGGCGAGGAACUGGCCAGUUCUGGCAAGGCUACUUCUAUUAUUGUUCCUCAUUGUCAAUCUAAACACGUCUGUCGUAUUCACAAGUACCUCUACUACUGAAACUCCUACUACAACCACAGAAACUACAGACGCUGCAUCCACAGCUUCAACCGCAGACAAUGCAACCACAGCUUCAACCACAGCGUCAACCACAGAUGCUGCAACCACAGCCUCAACCACAGAUGCUGCAACCACAGCGUCAACCACAGAUGCUGCAACCACAGCUUCAACAACUGACGCUUCAACCACAGCUUUAAGCACAGAUGCUGCAACCACAGAUUCAACCACAGACGCUUCAACCACAGCGUCAACCACAGAUGCUGCAACCACAGCUUCAACAACUGACGCUUCAACCACAGAUUUAAGCACAGAUGCUGCAACCACAGAUUCAACCGCAGACGCUUCAACCACAGCGUCAACCACAGAUGCUGCAACCACAGCUUCAACCACAGACGCUGCAACCACAGCCUCAACCACAGACGCUGCAACCACAGCUUCAACCACAGAUGCUGUAACCACAGUUUCAACAACUGACGCUGCAACCACAGCUUCAACCACAGACGCUGCAACCACAGCGUCAACCACAGACGCUGCAACUACUUCAACAAGUACACAAUCAGCUACAACGUCCGAAGCGUUAACUACCACUGACCCAACCACAACCACUGUACUAGAUACUACAAGUACAACUGCAGCACCAGCCACAACUACGGAAGCACCAACCACAACCACUGAAGCACCAACCACAACCACUGAAGCACCGACCACAACCACUGAAGCACCGACCACAACUACUGAAGCGCCUACCACAACCACUGGAGCACCGACCACAACAACUGAAGCACCAACCACAACUACGGAAGCAUCAACCACAACUACUGAAGCGCCUACCACAACCACUGAAGCACCGACCACAACUACUGAAGAGCCUACCACAACAACUAACGCACCAACCACAACCACUGACGCACUAACCACAACCACUGAAGCAUCAACCACAACCACUGAUGCUCCAACCACUUCCACUGAAGCAACAACCACGACUUCUGAAGCAGAUACUACAAGUACAACUGUGCCAUCGACUACAACUGCAGCACCAACCACAACUACGGAAGCACCAACCACAACCACUGAAGCUCCAACCACAACCACUGAAGCUCCAACCACAACCACUGAGGCUCCAACCACAACCACUGAAGUGCCUACCACAACCACUGAAGCUCCAACAACAACCACUGAAGCAACAACCACGACUUCUGAAGCAGAUACUACAAGUACAACCGUGCCAUCAACUACAACUGCUGAACCGACCACAACCACUGCAUCACCAACAACAACUACGGAAGCACCAACCACAACCACUGAAGCUCCAACCACAACUACUGUAGCACCAACCACAACUACUGAAGCACCAACUACAACCACUCAGGCUCUAACCACUACAACUGAAGCACCAACCACAACUACUGAAGCACCAACCACGGAAGCACCAACCACAACCACUGAAGCACCAACCACAACCACUGAACACCGACUACAACUACUGAAGCGCCAACAACAACCACUGAAGCACCAACUACAACCACUGAAUCACCAACAACAACCACUGAAAAACAAACCACAACCACUAAAGCACCAACCACAACCACUGAAGCAUACUACAAGUACAACUGUGCCAUCGACUACAACUGCUGAACCGACCACAACUACGGAAGCACCAACCACAACUACUGAAGCACCAACUACAACCACUGAGGCUCCAACCACUACAACUGAAGCACCAACCACAACUACUGAAGCACCAACUACAACCACUGAACCUCCAACCACAACCACCAACCACAACAACUGA